AAUGUUGUAAUCCAGCUUUCGAACAGAACCGCGGGUUAUCGUUGUAUAUUCCUGACCGGGUCGAAUAUGAUCAACAUCCUUGUAUAAGGCGGGGCUGGGUUUCGCAACGGUCUGUCCCCAAGGUCACCAGCUCAUCUUGCAGCCACCGAUCAUUGGAAGUGCGAAACUCGUGCGAACGGGUUGUGUUCAAAAUGAGGGGUCUUAUUAUCUUGGUGACUUUAUGCGGUGUUGUUUUCGGACGCGCUCAAAUUUCUGGAGAAGAGAAAAAUGUGCGAGAGGAAUUAAAUCCGGUAGAAAUCAUUGAUGAUAGUCAAUUCACCAAAGAAAAUGAAGCUACCACAGAAGCUUUGGUAUUUGAACGGAGAGCAAAAUACCGAGCUCUGCCUGACCAAUACAACGAGGAAUCCUCACCAGUAGCUGUCAGUAAAACAUGCAGGGAAAAGAACGAAAGGUACUCAAUACCUGGAAGCUGCGACAGAUAUAUUGAAUGCCUGAACGGAACAGCCGAAGAGAAGACAUGCCCUGAUGGAUUACGUUACAAUCCGAACGUCAAUUUCAAUGUGUACCCCUGCCAGUACCCUAUAGACGUACCUUGCUUGGAGAGAUCGGCCGGAUUGCAACCACCACAGCCUACAGAGGAUUGUCCCCAUCAAUUCGGUUACUUCAAGAUUGGUGAUGCCAAAAACUGCAGCGGAUUCAGGAACUGCGUGAACGGCGUUGCUUAUGACUUCACCUGUCCUGACGGUCUUGCCUUCAGCUCUGAAUCCUAUCGCUGCGAAUGGCCUGAUGAAUCCAAAGAUUGUGAUGCAGAAGCUUUCCUCGGCUUCCGUUGUCCCCCUGUGCCAGAAUCUAGGGAACUAGGUGCUCCAGCAGGUUUCAGAUUUUACAGAUCUCCCAGCAACUGUCAAAAUUACUUCCUCUGUAUUAACGGCAAACCUCGUCGAUUGAGCUGUGGUGGUUAUUCAGCCUUUGACGAGUCAUCGGAAUCCUGUAUAUCUGCUGUAGACAUACCAGAAUGUCCUGCAGAACUGAGAGCUCGCGCUGCCCAAAUCAUUGAGGACGAAAAGCUGCGAAGCACAGCGGAAGCCGCCUUCGCUAAACUGAGAUACGUCCAAAGCGAAGACGUCAAAGAAUCUACGACGGUAUCUUAUGAUGCAUAAAGUAGUUUUAACAUUUAACACAGUUAUGCAUAAUGAAUAUUUUUUUCGUUUACAAAUGUAUAAAAUAUAAAUAGUGUUUGUUUUUUAUGACAUAUUGAAAAAUAUGUGUUUUUUAACGAAUCCAAAUAAUAAUCAUGUAGUCAUAUUAUUGUUAAUAGUGCCAUUUAUUAAAUAAACUAUUACUUCAA